AUGCUGAAAUCGGACAACCUCCAAUCAGUGUUGAGCCUGUAUAAGUUGAAGAAGCGUUUACAGUUACAGUGGAUGGUCUUCCGUCUCACCGCGACCGGAUCCAUAAGGACCACAAGGAAUAGAAGAAGGAUUGCUGGUGUUGAAAUCCAUAAAAAUCCUCAUUCUUGUAGCUCCCAGUUUGGCGGUUACCGGAACUGUAAAUGA